AUGACUAAGAGUAACGGAAGAGGUAACGGGUAUAACAAUAUCGUAAAGCCGACGCCUAUGUUCUUGGUUUACGAAAUGGACGAGGGUCGAGUGUCUAUAACCACCGAGUUAAGUCGUAUUCCCAGCGAACUACUUGGCCUGCCCAUUCGAGUGUUUGCCGCUCAGCUGAAAGACUCCGUGCCUGAGGAGCUUGAGACCCAAGGUGCAGAUCUGACGGUCAAGUUUAAACUCGAUAACCCGCUGCCCAAGGAAAAGUUACGCUCGGCAAAUGCCGCCCUGAAUUCGAAGGGCGAGCAGAUUUGUGUGGCCCGAAUAAGCACCUUCUUGGGUCAUAUUUCAGAUUUAGGCCACAAGUACUGGCGUGAACCCAUCGCGCAAGACUCCAUUGUGUUCAUUUCCCACGUGGUCAGCUUUAAGGAGGUAUACAUAAGCUCCCCAAAUGCCAAGCAGUAUGCGGAAAUUUUCAAGCGUCUGGAGUACAAGUGCGCUCCACUCCACGAUUCUAGUGACGUCUCUGUUGGGUGCAUCGUGCUGGUUGUCUCUAAGAAGAUGGGACACUUCCGGGGCGAGAUAUUGAGUACUGCUAACGGAAUAUUUGAUGUGAAAAACGUUGAUACCGGUGCCAUCCAAAAGGUGGAGUUGUCGGCGAUACGCAAGUCUUGUCGCUUUCUGGAGAAUUUGUCCGUGUGUCUGAUGCGUGUGCAGUUAAAGGAUAUCUGCAAUAUUCCGGAUGCAGCAGUGCCAGUCAACAAUGGGGCCAUUCAACUGCUAAACAAAGUCUACGCCCAAGAAGAAAUGCUAAGUCUGGGAAUGGUAGAUGCUACUACAUCGACCGUGGAUCUUCUGUCCAGCUCCAGCUCCCCGUGCUCCUUGGUGCUCCGAAUGUUGCCUCUUAUGUUUACACCGGUACAAGAUAAGCCGGAAGUUGUUCCACCAAAGGCUGCUCUUACUCCAAGUCAAUCGCCUGUUGUCUCCCCGGAAAAACAGAAGGUACAGUCCCCACUGCUGCUGGAGGCAGCCAAGGAUCUGCCUCCACUGCCGCCCUCUCCACCGGAGUCACCUGUUCCUGUCGAACCGAUUGAAAAGUCUGCUUCCCAAAUUGUGCCCCAUGAUAAGCCCAUUGAACGGUUCUUUUUCAACGCUUUGCCCAAGAAUCUAGCUCCUUUGGGCGACAAGGUCAACCUAAUCCUUUUAAACGCUGACGGAAUGCCACAGACUGGCUACAUUACUGCCGCCUACUUCAAGGAUGGAAAGGUGGCCGAUGAAUUCAGGGACAUGCUCAACUGUGUUGCCCAUCAGGGAGCGUGUGACCAUAAUGCCGUUCCGGGUUACGUGCCAAGCGUUGGUGAACUGUGCUUGGCGCUCUUCAGCGAGGACAAAAGCUGGUAUCGCGGAGUCUGCCUGGAGGUCAAGGACAAUAUGGCCAAAAUUCUGUACUGUGACUUUGGAAACUCUGAAUUGGUGCCCGUGGAACAUCUGAAACCGAUGGCCCAAGAUUUGCUAAAUGCCGUCUAUUCAACGAAGUGCUAUAUAGAUGGCUUCGACAAGUCAAAGAAUUUUGCAGCUCUGGAGGACUAUCUUGUACAUAAGGUCCGAUUCUUUUGUGGCGUCAAGGUUGGCCCUGAACCCGAUACUCGUCUCAUUACGAUUCCGAACCUGCAGAAUAUUCUAAACGCGCCAAGUGUAUAAUUUUACGAUGCUUUCGACUUCAACUUACCGACAACAUGGAUCACAUUCCUUCAUAAGAUUUUAGCAUUAAGGUUUUGAUAACAUGAUUUUGAUAAUCAUUCGCUUACAUUUAUUU